AUGAGAGAUCCAAGUUGUGAUUCGCAGUCAGGUUUGAGAAAAGGUUUUUGGAGUACAGAAGAAGAUCGGAAGUUGGUGAAUUAUAUACGUAAAUAUGGUAUCUCUAACUGGUGUAAGAUGUCUUUGUAUGCUGGUCUUUCGAGAACCGGAAAAAGUUGCAGGUUAAGAUGGAUGAAUUAUUUGAACCCGAACAUAAUACGAGGAAACUUCACCAAUGAAGAAGAAAAAACGAUACUUCAGUACCAUUCAAUUCUUGGAAACAGAUGGUCUGCCAUUGCAAGAAAGGUUCCAGGAAGAUCAGACAACGAAAUUAAAAACCACUGGCACACCAAUCUCAAGAAACGCAUCAUCACUCAAGAUCAUCCAGUUCCAACAAUAAAACCUAAAGAAACCACAAAAUCAAUUGAUCUGCACGAUGUUGAAAGCUCAGUUGAAACACCUACUAGUCAUGUAUUUUCAAGUUUAUCAGAUGGCGAUACCACUUCAUUAUGCAAGCUUGAUAUAAGUUCAAGAUAUGAUCAUGAACAACUAGAAGUUGAGAAUGAAAGUGAUUAUCAUAUCAGUUCACCUGGAACAAUUCUAGAUAUCAAAAGUUUUUGGGAACAACUUUAUUAUGCUGAUGAGGAUUUGGAGCUACAAAAUCUUUUUCAAGAUACGUCUUUUGAUCAGAUCUUCAUUGAUAAUUUAUACAGCUAA